UCUCCGGGCAGCGGUCUCUAUGACAACCUGCAGCAGUUUGACCUCCCGUACGCGGAGGCCGUGUUCGAGCUGGGCUUCUUCCUGCGGGACCCGCGGCCGUUCUUCGCCCUGGCGGGGGCGCUGUACCCGGGCCGGUUCCGGCCCAACGCCGCGCACCACUUUCCGGCCGUGAUGGGGGGGGCGGUCCCUCGCUGCCCCCCCUGUGGGGGCGUGGUCAAGCCCGACAUCGUCUUCUUUGGGGAGGAGCUGCCCCCCCUCUUCAUGAAGAGCCUCACCGACCUGCCCCUCGCCGACCUGCUGGUCGUCAUGGGAACGUCGCUGGAGGUGAGAUGCAUGCUGGGAAACAUCAGAGGUCCAGUCCGAUUGGAAAUUAACCGGGAGCCGUUUGGGCUCCCCAGGUUUUUUUAG